GCUGAGAUGGUGCCAAGCUGUUGCCGUUGCCGUGGCAACAGUGACGAGCCGAUGACAUCGAUCGCGGAGUGCUUCAGAGUUCUCGAUAGUCGUCGACCUGGUACAGCUAGAUUUCAACGGACAGUAUCGAAAGGCUCACCGACCCAUCUGGAUAAAGCGGCGGACAUGGAACUGGAAGAGGAGACGGAGGCAGAAGGCAUUGAUUAUCGGUGUUUGCUGCGUGGCAACCAGACAGCACUGGUACGAGGUACAAAGGACUUUGCACCAGACGGAUCUGAACGGCAGAAUAGCGCUUUGGUGGAGUCCCGCAACGCACUAUAUCAAGUUUUACGAGAGGAACGGAGAGCAUCCAAGAGAACCCUUAGCGAAGCAAUAUGGCACCACCACUCCAAAACCGCUGAGGUGACGCUUCACCGGGGCACGCACUUCCAGGUUAUAGGGACUACCGUCGACAAAACACUCCGCUUGUUACCAGAGGAAGCUCUCUUCAUGCUUGAGCGAAACGCCUUGACGCUCCGGUAUCUUGGUGGAAUAGUAUCGGUGCAACAUGGCUAUAAUCUCUUGUUGGAUGACGCCGGAAUGAGUAUGAACGUGUAUCAGAUAUAUGCAUACCUUAAACGACUUGGAUACAUCGUGCUCCGAAGUCGGCCAAAACCCACUGUACCCCAAUAUCACAGCCCCGUGAUGGCAGUCGUACAAUAUGCCAGAGACUUUAUCAUCAGAUGGAUGCGAUGGCUAUUUGGCCAUUGGCUAUCGCCUACUUGGCCAUUAGUGAAACUAAGAACUUGUCGACUUGCUGGUGACAUCUACAAGCAACUUCAAGUAGUGCCUCGCGUUUCCAUUUCCAGUGUGUCACGUCCAGUAUCAACAAGCACACUACCGUUUAUCGUAUUCGAUGUUUACAAACCACGGACCGGCUUUCGCAAGUCGAAUCCCGGGCCUCCGAACUUUCGAGUGGUGGCGCAACGUGCUUCAGAUGGUCUGCCAGAUUAUAAUCUGUUACGCAACCUUUUUGAUCACACGGAAGAGGGUGUGCAACUCAAAGUUGGGAUAGUUGACGGUGGCAAUGUAUCAUUUCUUUCUCUCUAUGAACCAAAGCCAUCACCUUUUUAGCUUACUACAUACAUAUGCUUAUGCAUUUUAAUUACAAUAUGACGAUAUACUCAAUUAUGGUGACAUGCGAGAGUCGCUAGGUUUUCUC